GAGUGAGCACUAGAGAGAGUUUGGAGAGCAAUGGAGAAUAUUGAGUUGAGCAAAAUCCUUAUAUUUGGAGGAACUGGCUACAUAGGCAAGUACAUGGUGAAGGCAAGUGUCUUGCUGGGGCACAAAACCUACGUCUAUGCUCGUCCCAUCACCCCACAAUCUUCUCCCUCCAAAAAACACAUCCAUCAGGAAUUUCAAUCCAUGGGCGUCGCCAUUGUUCAGGGAGAAUUGGAUGAACACGAUAAACUUGUAUCACUACUUCGCCAAGUAGAUGUAGUGAUCUCAACAUUACCUUACCCGCAAGUUCUUGCUCAGCUCAAGAUUAUAGAUGCCAUGAAAGUCUCUGGUAACAUAAAGAGGUUCAUUCCAUCAGAUUUUGGAAUCGAGGAGGAUCGGGUUUCUCCAUUGCCACCGUUUCAAGCUUUUCUUGACAAGAAGAGAAAGGUAAGAAGGGCCGUAGAAGCAGCUGGGAUACCAUACACUUUUGUUGCUGCAAAUUGUUGUGGUGCCUACUUUAUCAAUAUAUUACUUCGUCCCCAGGCGCAACCACAUGAUAUCACUGUUUAUGGCGACGGACAAGCCAAGGCGGUUCUAAACUAUGAAGAGGAUGUUGCCAUGUAUACCAUCAAGGUAGCAGAUGAUGCAAGAACAUUGAACCGAGUUGUAACCUAUCAGCCACCCAAGAACAUCGUUUCUCAGCUUGAACUAAUCUCACUAUGGGAAAAGAAGACGGGUCAGAAUUUUAUUAGGGUUCAUCUCUCCGAGGAAGAGCUUGUGAAGCUCUCUGAGAGCUUACCACCUCCACAAAAUAUUCCAGUGUCUAUCCUUCACAGUGUAUUCAUAAAGGGUGAUAUGACUGGCUAUGAACUAGGUGAUGAUGACGUGGAGGCUUCGCAGUUAUAUCUAGACUACGAGUACACAACAAUUGAUAAGCUUCUUGAUAUUUUUCUGAUCGACCCUCCGGAGCCAGCAAUGGGAGCUUUUGAAUGAUCUCUCAAAUUUGCCGCCGCUCUUUAGAAUCUGCGCUGCUAAAUGGUUGAAAAUCUAAAAUAAAUGAGCAUUGAUAUGCUUAGUUCAUUGAGCUGCUGCAAGUGCAGCAUGCAAGUGAUGUCUGUUUCGUGGAUUUGAUUCGACUUGGAAGGUGCAGUCGCCUUCUCAACUUGUUUUCUUUAAUUCUUCAUGGAUGUUUGGCAUGAGAGUAAUGUAAUCUCUUCUACUUGUGUUCAAAGAA